CAACUGUUUUGUUGAGGCCCUUUAUUCAAAAAUAAGUUGGGGUCUGUUCAAAAAUACACAUUUUGUUGUUAUAGCCUCAAAAUAAAAAUGAAAAAUAAAGAAAAAAAAUUCCAUUGCUUUUUUGUUAGUGCAGACAUUACAUGGUUAAAGUAAUUAUACAUAUAUGUUUAUCCUGUCGCAAAAUAAAUGUAUGUUUUUAACGGAAUGUACUGUAUAUAAAAAUGAAGAGGCGGAUGAUGAUCCACUCCGAGCCAGUAGGGGGAGUAUAGUGCUGCCUGUGGGAUGGUGUGCCGACCUCAGCUGUCCCCCAACAUAGUAACAGAUAAAAUGGCGUCCGAAAUCAGCUCUGAAUCCCAGGAAGAGCAAACAGCUCUGAUAGAGAAGGACCCAGAACAAGAUGAACAUCAGACAUGUGGCACAAUCGCAGAGAAAAGCGGAUCCAAACUGACUCUGUAUCACUGGACUCAGUCCUUCAACUCUCAGAAGGUGCGCCUGGCCAUGGCAGAGAAAGGUUUACGCUGUAAGGAGUACGAUGUGAGUCUACCGCUCAGUGAACACAACGAGCCCUGGUUCAUGCAUCUGAACCCCACUGGUGAGGUGCCCGUCCUCGUCCACGAUGAAAAUGUCAUCUGUGACCCAACACAGAUCAUGGACUACCUGGAGCAGAACUUCAACGAUGAAGGCACUCCCAAGCUGAUCCCUGAAGAGGGCAGCACAUACUACCACAGAGUGCAGCACUACAGAGAGCUGCUGGACUCACUACAGAUGGACGCCUACACCCACGGCUGCAUCCUCCACCCUGAGAUCACAGUGGACUCCCACAUACCAGCGUACGCUGCUACAUGUAUACGAACACAGAUCGGGAACACACAGUCUGAGCUGAAGAAACUGGCAGAGCAGAACCCGGAGCUUAAAGAUGCUUAUAUAGCCAAACAGAGGCGCUUGAAAUCGAAGCUGUUUGACCAUGACAACAUGAAGUACCUGAAGAAGCUUCUGGAUGAACUGGAGAGUGUGAUGGACCAGGUCGAGACGGAGCUACAGAGGAGGGUGGAAGAAACACCAGAAGAAGGCAGUCAGUCCUGGCUGUGUGGUGAUUUCUUCAGCAUGGCCGACGUCUCUCUGGCAGUCACCCUACACCGCCUCAAGUUCCUCGGCCUCUCCCGCCGCUUCUGGGGCAACGGUAACCGUGUGAACCUGGAGACUUAUUACAAUCGUGUGGUGGAGCGCCCGGCCUUUAGGAGAGUCCUGGGCCAUGUCAACAACAUCCUGAUCUCUGCUGUCCUUCCUGUGGCGUUCCGUGUGGCCAGGAAGAACGCGCCAGUUAUCCUUGGCACCACUCUGUUGAUAGGCGUUCUAGGAGGAGCUACGUACCUAGCUUUUCUUUACAUGAAGAAGAGGCUGGCUGUCUCCUUCUGAGGGAGCCAACAAGGGCUGGAGUUGCUUUGGGACUGAACUGGGGACUGGGAGGUAGAAAAACAGAAAAAAAUACGACAAAGGUCGCCUAAAUCAUAAUUUAAAUUGUGUGAAGUUAAAGUGCAGGGAGGAAUUUGAUCAUUUAGCAGACAUUAAUAAUAUGUAACUGAAUCAAACCUUGAUUGUCUUGUUUUCUGUGUUGCUGGUUGCACAAAAUGCACUUUUAUUCAUCAUCAGUACGUGACUGCUGCAUUACACGCCAAAGGAUCAUACUGGUAGUUUUACAUGUUUCUGCCAUUUCUUAUAAAUCACAUUUAUCAUAUCUAGUGUGGCUUUGUAGAUAAACUUUUUAAAGGAGCUCCAUACGACAUUCAGAACACUGAUAUAGUGGUUAAACAGCUAUUUGCUGUGUAAAGAUAUGGUGGACUAAUAGCGUCCUGAGCAGAGAAAUAGUCACUCUACCUUUCUAUGUGUUGUAAUACGAGCUUCUCUGUCCUUUGUUGAGGUAGAUGGCCCAGCCACACGUGCAGUGUAUCCCACUAGCUAGCUACAGUAAUUGUCACCACUCUGCACUGCGCUCAUACAGCAGCUAAUGCUGAGAACGCCAGUAAUGGCCUGGCUCUGAGUCCGCAACAAAUAAGGUAAGCACAUGUGAGGGAUAAACUAAAAGAAAAAACUUUAAACAAAUGCAAAAAUGACAAAGCUAACAACAGAUGCUGGCAGGAAAACAUGCUACCAGGUAAACUAGAAAUCAUGCAAAAAUUGUACUAUGCACAAAAAUAAAAAAAUUUGACAAAUAACAUCAUGUGGCACCAGGGAUAAGAAGUCUUAAAGACGACCAGAAUGGGGCGGGUUUUAAGCAACCUGGAGACAGUGGCCAGCUGCUUCCAAUUCCUUAACAACCUCCAGCUCUUAUCAGUCAGGAAGCAGCAACACUGAAAAUACACGCAACACAUGUAAGCCUUGGCAGAGGCCCUUGGGCCAUCACACUGUCCUGAUGAGCCCACUCUCACUCCAAAGUCGUCGAAAUCCGUUGCUUGGGCAGUGACUUGCGGCGUCAGACGCUGACGAAAAAAGCUGUCCUUUAACGUCUGCAUGAUAUAUGGCACUCAGUGGCAUCAGGGGGAAACGAAGUGGGACAAAAACAAAAGUAAAGGUGGUGAAAGUCCAACUAGACCAGGUGGGAGGGCGUUGGAUGGGUCCAACAAACACAGAAUUUUACCCGGAAGAGUGGCGUUCACGUCCCGAAUUAUUCUAAAGCCAAACCCUGUUCUUUUAUCCAAAACUGAAACGUGUGUGUUGGCAAAAUGUUGUUGAAGGAUGUUUGUGGUGUUAGCACUGUUAGCCGUGAGCCGCUAGCCACCGGCUCAGCCACCUCCAUGUUGAGAGCCGUGUGCAGACAAUCCUUGCUCAGACUCUGAAUCACAGACAUGCUCUGAAUAUCAUAUAGAGCUCCUUCAAGAAUCAGCUUCAAAACAGCGUUGUAUUCACAAGCUAUAUUAUGGUAGCAGGUAUGAAUAAAUUAGAUGUCAAAGAUUAAAAAAAAUGAAAGUUGCCUGAUUAUUUUUUAGCUGUGCACUUUGUUUUUAUGAUCCAUGUAAUAAAAUAAGAGAAGACAGAACUUAAUCAUGAGUGAGCGCAGCAGUUGCAGUAAGUAGAAAACACCACAAAUAUGUAGAGUGCAAAUACAAAUAUAUACAGACCAAAAAAUAGCGCGUGAAUGUACCAUCCCUCUCUGACAAAAUUGAAAUUACAUGUCCAAAUUUUUGGACUUUCGCCUGCAUGCCAUGCAACUGUAGCAGCUUUGACACAUAACAGCAAAUGUAGAUUUUCAUACUGUGCUGUAAGUCUUCAGUGCUCAUAUAAGGCAUACCUGAUUUAUAGUAAAUGGGAUCAAAUGUGCAAAAACACCAGCAUGGUCAGACAUUUCUGUGUGAACUAAACCACAAUAUGAUCUGCCUAAUAUGUGCUUUGGCAUAUAUUAUUUUAUCGUCAUCCAUCUUUGCAUGUUAGAGAUUUUUAAGAAGUACACUAGAUGCCCACAACCUGCUUUCUGUGACUAUGUCUGCCAGCAUUUAACAAACUGAUCUGCCCAGCAUAACUUCUCUCUGUAGGAACUCCCAGUUAUCACACGUGCACUCAUGUUUUACUGUAUGAGUGACGGAUAAUUGUUUGAAAUAUCCUCUAUGUAACAACAGCUGGAUGGAUGCUUUUCCAACCUUGUUUACAUCUUCUUCAGACCAUCAUAUUCAACAUCUGUGUGAAAUUAAACUACUCCCAAACAA